CAGAGCGGGCAGAGCCUUCGUUCGCCUCAGACCCCAGACAUGAUGCAGCAGCUCAUCUUCCCCGUCCUGCUGCUGUCCCUCCUGGACCCUGGACUGUGUUUGGCUGCCCCUGGGAGAAACAUUCGAUGGUGCACCAUAUCACGACCAGAGACCAAAAAAUGCUCCAAAUUCCAGCAGAAUCUGAGAAAAGUGGGUGGCCCCGCUAUCUCCUGUGUACAGAGAACCUCCUACAUGGGGUGUAUCCAGGCCAUUGCGGCAAACAAGGCAGAUGCUGUGACCCUCGACGGCGGUCUGGUGUUUGAGGCAAGCCUGAAGCCCUACAACCUGCGACCUAUAGCAGCAGAGGUCUAUGGGACCCAAGAGGAGCCCCAGACCCAAUACUACGCUGUGGCCGUGGUGAGAAAGGGGAGCAACUUUCAACUGAGCCAGAUACAAGGCAGGAGGUCUUGUCACACCGGCUUGAACAGGUCUGCCGGGUGGAACGUCCCUGUGGGCAUCCUUCGUCCAUACCUGAACUGGACAGGGCCACCCCAGCCCCUUCAGAAAGCUGUAGCCAACUUCUUCUCCGCUAGCUGUGUUCCCUGUGCAGAUGGAGACCUGUACCCCAACCUGUGUCGCCAGUGUGCAGGGACAGGGAAAAAUAAAUGUGCCUGCUCCUCCCGUGAACCAUACUUUGGCUAUUACGGUGCCUUCAGGUGUCUGAGAGAAGGGGCCGGAGAUGUGGCUUUUGUCAAGGACAGUACAGUGUUUGAGAGCCUGCCGGACAAGGCUGAGAGAGACCAGUAUGAGCUGCUGUGCCUGGACAACACGCGGAAGCCAGUGGAGGAGUUCCAGGCCUGCCACCUGGCCCGGGUCCCUUCUCAUGCUGUCGUGGCCCGCAGUGUGGGGGGCAAGGAGGACUCCAUCUGGGAGCUUCUCCGCCAGGCACAGGAGAAGUUUGGAAGAGGCAAGUCGUCCACAUUCCAGCUCUUCGGGUCCCCCACCGGGCAGAAGGACCUGCUGUUCAAAGACAAUGCCCUUGGGUUGUUGAGGGUCCCCCUGAACAUAGACGCUGGGCUGUACCUCGGUGCCAACUACAUCACUGCCAUCAAGAGUCUGAAGGAAAAAUCAUCGGAGGUGGAGGCAAGGCGCUCGCGGGUCGUGUGGUGCGCAGUGGGCCCCGCGGAGCAGCGCAAGUGUCUGGAGUGGAGCAGCCGGAGCCCCGACGUCAUGGCCUGUGCCACAGCCGCCACCACCGAGGACUGCAUCGCCCUGAUCCUGAAAGGAGAAGCUGAUGCCAUGAGUUUGGACGGAGGAUAUAUCUACAUCGCGGGCAAAUGUGGUUUGGUGCCGGUCUUGGCAGAGAACAAAAAAUCCGAAAAAAGCAGUGACUUGACGUGUGUGAAUAGACCGGUGGAAGGGUAUCGUGCUGUGGCGGUUGUCAAGAAAUCAAACACUGGAUUCACCUGGAAUUCUCUGAAAGGCCGGAAGUCCUGCCACACCGCUGUGGGCAGGACUGCGGGCUGGAACAUCCCCAUGGGUCUGCUCUUCAACCAGAUAGGCUCCUGCAAAUUUGACCAGUUCUUCAGUCAAAGCUGCGCCCCAGGGUCAGACCCGAGCUCCAGUCUCUGUGCGCUGUGUAUCGGCAACGAGGCGGGCGAGAACAAGUGUGCCCCCAACAGCAACGAGAGAUACCACGGCUACGCGGGGGCCUUCAGGUGUCUGGCUGAGGAUGCGGGAGACGUCGCAUUUGUGAAAGAUUCCACUGUCUUGGACAACACCAAUGGAAAGGGCACGGAAGCCUGGGCGGAUGGCUUGAGGCUGGAGGACUUUGAGCUGCUGUGCCUUGACGGCACCCGCAAGUCUGUGGCUGAGGCCGAGACCUGCCACCUGGCCAGAGCCCCCAGCCAUGCCGUGGUGUCUCGGAAAGACAAGGUGGAACACGUGGAGCGGGUGCUGCUGGAGCAACAGGCCAGGUUCGGAAGAAAUGGACAGAACUGCUCAGGCACGUUUUGCUUGUUCCAGUCGGAAACCAAAAACCUUCUGUUCAACGACAACACUGAGUGUCUGUCCAAACUCCAUGGCAAAACGACGUAUGAAAAGUAUUUGGGAGCAGAAUAUGUCAGGGCCGUUGCUAAUCUGAGAAAAUGCUCCACCUCCCCCCUUCUGGAGGCCUGCGCCUUCCUGAGGAGGUGAAGCCCAGGAAGACGGCCCCGCCCCC